AACCGCCCUCUUUCUCUCUCACACAAAACGCACACAUCUCUCUCUCUCUCUCUCACUAGAUUCGUUGACGUCGUCAUCGGAAUAUUCCUUUUCACUCAACCACCGGCAAAUCUCCUCCGUCUCCUACUUUCCGGCAACACUUUCGUCACCAGUUAAACUCACAAAAAUGAGCACAACAGAGCUUCUCACCAUCGAGCCUCAGGAGCUUCAAUUUCCUUUUGAAUUGAAGAAGCAGAUCUCGUGUUCUAUGCAAUUGAAGAACAAUACGAACGAUUACGUCGCCUUCAAGGUGAAAACAACGAACCCUAAGAAGUACUGUGUUAGACCGAAUACUGGAGUCGUGUUGCCUCACUCUGUUUGUGAUGUUACAGUUACAAUGCAAGCUCAACGGGAGGCUCCUCUCGAUAUGCAAUGCAAGGAUAAGUUUUUACUUCAGAGUGCCGUUGCAAGUCCCGGAGCUACCACUAAGGAUAUUACUCCAGAAUUGUUUAACAAGGAAUCUGGAAACCGAGUGGAGGAAUGCAAAUUAAAAGUUAAUUACGUUGAUCCCCCGCAACCACCGUCACCCGUACGAGAAGGAUCAGAAGAAGGUUCCUCUCCAAGGGCAUCUGUUUCUGACAAUGGGACGAUGAACACAACCGACUCUGCUGUUCCAAGAUCAUAUGCUGAAUCUCGCGAUAUAUCAUCUAUAUCACCGGAGACAAGGGCUCUUAUCUCUAAGCUGACCGACGAGAAGAAUUCUGCGAUUCAGCAAUCUAACAAGCUUCACCACGAACUGGAAUUGUUGAGGCGUCAAGGCAGCAAAAGCAGUGGUGGUAUCCCUGUCAUGUAUGUUGUAAUUAUCGCUCUGCUCGGGAUUCUCUUGGGAUAUUUGAUGAAGUAAACAUUGAAUUUCAAAUCAAUGGGAGAGAACUGUGUUAACUAUGAUGUUAGAAGACUAUGGUCAAAAGUGACAAAUUGGUUUUCUUGUUUUUUUUGGAUAUGUUGUGUAAUUUGCAUAUUUAUUUUACCUUUUGGAAUUUUUUUGUCUGAUUAAUGAUUAGUAUAGUAA